UUCAAGGAAGAGGGCGCCGACGCCUCCCGCCCCGUCCUCCCGGGGGCCCGGGGUUGUGUGCAGGCCCCCGGGGAAGGGUUUUCCCGCCACCCUCCCCCACCGCCAUUGACGACCCGGCCCCAACGGCACCGCCCCGAGGGCCCCAAAGAGGAUCCAAUCUGAGUCGGCUCAGCCUAAGCCCAGGAGACACAAAAAUUCUAAGGUCUGGAGCAGCCAAACCCCUAAAUUUUAAAUGAAAUGCCAGCAUGUCAACCUGGAGGGAGCCAUGUCCCAUUUAAAUGACUUCUGUGCGUGGUACUUUUCUGGAGUAGCAGUGGCACCGCAGAAAAGGUGGGCCCUCUAAGGAAACACAGAUUCACAUCUCUGCGUCUGAAGAGAGUCUCUUUGGCCAUAAACAUUGAAAGUUGGAUCUCCCGGAAGCUGUCCAUUCGUCACCACCUGGACUGGUAUUGACUGCAAGCAAAGCCCGCCAAGAAACAUGAAGAUCUUCCUGCAGCCGAGACACCUUUGCUGCAUCAUCUUCGGGGACUCCACCCCGGCCCUGGAGCACUGCUGCUCGAAACGCUGUUGCUGCAAGGGGAGGAUCUACUGCCACCAACUCUUCGGAAGCCCUGACUUAUGGGAGGACCACAAAAUCCUGGAUGAAGCCAAGGCCAUAUUGCGAGAAGCGCUUCAAGGUCCUAUUGAGAGAGAUGGACAAAAUUUUGUGGCCCAGAGCUUGCAGGAUGAACUGAGCCGACAGGAGGAAGGGCAAAAUAGGCAGGAGAAACUGUGGGCAGGUGAUGAGGAAGCCCAGAUAAAAGAACUUGACCCACUGGAGGAAGUGGCUCUAGAGCUGGAGAGGGUGCGGGAAAUGUACUGGGUGGAGAACGGCAAACAGGACCAUCAGGAGACAGAACAAACUCCCGAGGAAUCGCAGACCGAGGAAAAAGAAACACAGACGGAGGAAGUCGAAGCCGUGGGGCUGGAGUGGGCAGGGGAGAUGUACACUGAGGCGAGUGGCGAGCUGGUCCAGGAAGAGACCGAACAAACUCCUGAGGAAUCGUGGAGCAAGGAAAAGGGAACGCAGAUGGAGGAGCUGGACCCCGUGGGCCUAGAAGUGGAGGAGCUGAGACCAGAGCGAGUCCAGGGUGCGGUGAAGCCGGAGCCCAGGGAGAAGCCUGAAGAAUCAGCCAUGGAAGAAGAUGGGCUGAGGGGCUGUGGAGACCUUCUGGGCGCUGGGCCCGGCCUUUGGAAGCUUCCCACGCCCCCCUGGUUCCCGUGUGGGAGCUAUUGCUGUGACUGGCUGUGUUCCUCCCUCGGAUGGAACUCCUCCCCAGUCAAUGUAUUGGGCCUGGCCACUGAUGCCGACGCUGAGGGAGGCCAGGAAACAUUCAGUUUGCAGGAAGCGCCUCAGGAUCUUCUUGAGAGGGACCAACACAAUUCUGUUGCCCAGAGCUUGGAGGACCACCGGUGUCACAUAGGGGCAAGGCGGAAAAUGCAGGAAGAAUUGUGGGCAGAGGAAAAAGGAACGCAGACCGACGAACUUGACCUACGGGAGCAAGAGGUUCUAGGCCUACAGUGGGUGCGAGAGAUGUCCAGGGGAGAAAACAGCCAGCAGGAUCACCAGGAGAUAGAACAAACCUCUGAGGAACCGCAGACCAAGGAAAAGGGAACGCAGACGGAGGAGCUCGACCCAUUGGAACAGGAGGCGAUGGAUGUGGCAGGAGCAGAGGAGCUCAGACUGGAGAAAGUACAGGGCCAAGUGAAGCUGGAAACCAAAGAGGAGCAGGAAGAAACCAAGGAGGAGGAGCUGGUGGAGCUGCAGUCACAGAGGGGCCACGGAGAUGACCUGCAGGCUCACCCUGCCCCUCGGAAACGUCCCACCCCUCCCUGGUUCCCGAGUGGGGGCCACUGCUGCGACUGGAUGUGCUGCUCCCUUGGAUGCCUUCGCCUGCCCCUCAUGGUCUAUGUGCUGGGCCUGGCUGGUGGCGGCCCCAGGGCCUGGUCGGCCUGAUCCUUUGUGUCUAUGAUUCUCCAUGCUGCUUCUGGGGGAAGGGAGUUUUGCAAUAAAGUGUUAUUUUAGUGUU